GUCUGCUCGCUAUUCAGUCUUCUUUCAGCUAUUUAAAAAGAGAGAAAAGAAAAAAAAAGUUGUCCUGUCCAGUGUUUUACGUAAACGUAUUUCGAACAGUCUUUUUUUUUGACCUUUUCGUUUUGUUUUUGCUCUCGUCUGCCUUCUGCAGAGUACGUUACAGUGAUCCAAAGCAGCGGCUUUUGUUUCAUCUCUCAUCUUUCGUUUCACUUUGCUGUAUCAGUGCCGUGACGCCCUUUUUCCUUUCCUUUCCUUUUCUUAAACAGCUGAAACGUGUUUGCUAGUGUGGCAAACUGCUCUAAUUGGUCCAACGUAGGAAAAGAAAAGGAGAUUCUGCUCUUUUCCCGUGUUUACUCCAUUGCGUUGCUUGGCUUCGUUCUCACAAGUCUCUCGCCCCUGCGCACGCUCUCUGCCGCUGCCUUUUUCCGCGGGAAGGCCGAUAUUUUUGCGUUGUGGCAUCUGCCCUUCCAACGCAGGAAAAUUUCUUUUUGCUUCUAUACACCGAAGACCCUUGCUCAGCGAAUGCAGUCUCUGAACAAGCCGCUGAACGCCAUCGUGGUGUGCGGUCCCUCUGGCGUGGGCAAGGGCACCCUGCUGGGCCGUCUCUUCCGCGACUACCCGAAUAGCUUCGCGUACUCCGUCUCGCACACGACGAGGCAGCCACGCAUGGGUGAGGUGAAUGGGCGGGAGUACCACUUCACGGACCGCAGUGAGAUCAUCAAGAUGCGCGACAACAACGAGUUCCUCGAGCUCUGCGACGUCCACGGCAACUUCUACGGCACGAGCGUCGCCGCCGUCCAGGACGUGCAGAAGCAGGGCAAGAUCUGCGUGAUUGAGAUUGAUGUGAAGGGGGCGCAGAAGCUGUACAACCGCAACGACGAUGCCCUCAACUGCGUAUACUUGUUUAUUACGGCACCGAAGGCGGAACUGCGUAAGCGCAUCCUCGGCCGCGGCGCCGAUGACGAGAAGAUGCUGCAGCGCCGCCUAGAGACAGCGGAGGCGGAGUUCAAGUUCCUCGAGGAGCACCCCGACUUCUUCGCUGCCACUAUCGUGAACGACGUCCUCGACGAGGCGUACGGCCGCCUGGUGGACGCCGUCAACGAGCAGCUGGAACUGCACAACAUGAACACUCUCUCCAGCGGCGUCAAGAAGUAG